AUGGAACAUCAUCGUGUAAUACUACCAACAAACGCUACGAGUGCUGCAAAUCCUUUAGCAAAGACAAUUCCAACAGCAAUUUCGCGAGAUACAGUCGUUGAAAUUAAUCGCGAAGGAGAACCACCCCAAUAUCGUGAGAUCAAACAAAGCGAACAAAUUCUCGAGCCAACAGAACUGGGUGCGACAUCAAUAAUCACACAAAAACCAAUGACAACAACAAAAACGACGUCGAAAUCGACUGUCGAAGAAGUCCCAACUGGCACGACGAAAACUACAGUUGUUACAGAGUCAGCUCCUGUGCCUGAAUAUGUAUCGAAGAAUGUAGAUGAGUUUAAACCAAUUGCAGUUAUAUCGGAUACGACACCGGUUGGUAGUGAUAAUAACCGAAUUGUCGGUCAAACAGCAACGGGCAGUUUUACAACACCGGGAAAAAUAGUGGGUGAUUUGGAGCCAGUUGUUGCUGAGCAUCAAGUGACGACAGUAGUCGAACCUGCGACCAAGCAAGUGACAAAAACAGUCACAACAGAAACAACUUAA